AUGUGCAUGAAGAAUGAAUUCACAUUUCUUUCUAUGUUGAUUCCUGGACCAAAACAACCCGGGAAUGACAUAGAUGUUUAUUUGGAGCCCUUAAUGGAUGAGUUACUAGAAUUAUGGAAUGGUGUGUAUACAUAUUAUGCUUCUACAAAGAAGUUUUUUAAUUUAAAGGCCAUGUUGUUAUGGACCAUAAAUGAUUUUCCAGCUUAUGGGAACUUAGUUGGAUGUGCGACUAAAGGGAAGUAUGGUUGUCCUAUAUGUGGAGAGAACUCAAAUGUUGUUUGGUUGAAGAAUAGUAAGAAGAUGUCUUUUUGCAAUCAUAUUCGAUUUCUUCCACUACAUCACCCAUAUCGAAAGAAGAAAUAUACAGCUGCUAGGGCAAGGGAAAGAGCACCACAAUGUCCAACUAUAUUAACAAGUGUUGAAGUAGCUGAGCAGUUAAGUGAAUUCACUAAUGAUUUUGGCAAGGGUAGAAAGAGGGGUCAUGGAAAAUCUAAAGAUCAUUGCAACUCGAGAUUAGAUUUGACAAAGAUAGGCAUUAUGACUCAUCUCCACCCAUAUGAAGAAGAAGGAAUUACUCGUCUUCCUACUGCAGCUUACACUUUAUCAAAAUCAGAUAAGAAGUUGUUUUGUAAGAGACUAUUUGACUUGAAAUUGCCUUAUGGAUAUAGUUCUAAGAUUAGAAUUUGUGUAGAUAUGGAGAAACAUAAGCUAACAGGACUUAAAUCUCAUGACUAUCAUGUGAUUAUGAAACAAUUGUUAGUUAUUUCUAUAAGGGGUUUAAUGGAGGAAGGUUGCAGAGAGACAAUCCUUCGACUUUGUAGGUUUUUCCAUGAAUUGUGUCAACUUGUGGUUGAUAAGGAGGAGAUUAUAAAAUUGGAAUUAGAAUCUGCAGAAAUUUUCUACAAACUAGAAGAGUAUUUCCCACCUUCUUUCUUUGAUCCAAUGAUUCACUUGGUUGUCCAUUUAGCGCGAGAAGUUAGACUUUGUGGUCCAGAUAAUGAUAAUCAAGAUAGUACUAAAAUUGAAGAAAAUCCACUAUCAGCUGGAGAAUGCUUUGAACUUGACCAAGGGGAUAUAGCAAUAGCCCACCGGUUUGUGUUAUUCAACUCAGAUAUUGUAGCACCAUUUCUCAAUAUCCAUAUGGAUGAGCUAAAAGAAAUGCACAAAAGCUUGAAGGAUAAUCAAACUUUGCUAUGGAAUCGACAUUCUGAAGGGUUCCCCUUAUGGUUUUAUGAUAAGAUUUCUAAAUCUAACAAAGUAGAAGACAUGUUAGCUCAAUUGGCUGAUGGCCCAAGUCAUAGUGUCAUUUCCUAUAAAGGUUACAUGAUUAAUGGAACUCAGUUUCAUAAAAGAGGUGCUGGAAAAACUACUCAAAACAGUGGUGUAUACUUGGAAUCACAUGGUAGUGGGCAGUUGAAUGAUACAGAAGAGUAUUUUGGAGUUAUCAAGGAUAUAAUAAUGCUUGAUUAUCAUACUUCUAAGGAAGAUAAGGAUAUGAUGCAUUUAUGA